CCGUUGUAUAGUUUUAGUUCUUUAUUCAAUUUCAAAAAAUAAAUAUAGUAGUAUAAUAUUGUGUCCUAAAAAGAAAUCAAUAUGACAUACGGCGUCGUACUGAUAUUCGGGAAACCGUCAAAACUAAUUGGAAACAAAGGAAUACCGGAAAACGAACACACCGACUGCUCAUCAUCAUUUCAUCUGAUCAAAUUCUUCUUUCACUCGAAAAUUCUCUCCAAUUGCUUUUUUUUUUUUUCCAAUUUUUUUCAUGUCAUUCUGCACGUUUAAUUCCACUUAGCGCCAAUUCGAACUGCAAAAGAAGGCAAAGGAAAUGUCAUCAUCAAAGUCGAUGCUGACGCCGCCGCAGAAAUACGCGGCGGCAGCACUCUUUGCGAUGGCUCUGAACCAGGCCCAAAUCCACCAAACUCAGCCACUGGGAUUUCCCGCUGCCGCCGAAGACGGCGCCCCGUCGGAGGAACGCGUCAGUAGCGGGAGCAGCUCCGAUUCUGUUUCCGAGGACCCUCAGCUGUGGGCCCACCAAUCCUCCGGACUCCUUCGACCUGUCUUCAAGUUUUUUGAAAUUGAUAGCAGAGCGUGGGGUGGGCUGGAGGAAACUGCUGGGUCUUCACCAGCAAAGAAUCAUCUUGCAGCUUUCCUAAGGUUACUUGCGGAGGGAAGUAGUGAUGUGUCAUCAGAAGCUGUUGAUAAUGGAACUGCUCUAGUCAACGCUAUUGAUGCUAUGUCUUCAAAAUUGGAAUUAUCUCCUGCUGAUCAUGACUCCAAAAAGGAAAGACAACUAAAGUAUGAGUAUGCGUGUCGGGAGAAGUUUUCAACCCCCGAGGCAACUCAAGAAUCGAAACCUGAAGAGAGGAAUUCAUCUGAUAUUUCACAGCAGGAAAAAGAUGUAGCUACAUCUAAAUCGGAGCAAGCAGUUAGACAAAAUAUCAUUGAAUCAGAUGGAAGGCCAAUUGAAGAGGCAGCAAUGGUUACUUACCUGACGAAAGUUACGGUUCUUAAUGAGCUUCUUUCAGCUUGUCUGGCAGAUCUGCCUGAAGAUAACGGGAAGUCCACCAAAAGAAGAAAGGGCUAUGAUUCCAGACAUCGUGUGGCCUUGAGGUUGCUGGCAACCUGGUUUGAUGUGAAAUGGAUAAUAAUGGAAGCCAUUGAAACUAUGGUUGCUUGUACUGCAAUGGCAAUUCUGAAAGAGGAGGAAUCCAAGGAAGAAGGCAAAUCUUCAGAAAGCUCAUGGGAGAAGUGGAAACGCGGAGGCAUCAUCGGUGCUGCUGCACUAACAGGAGGUACCUUGAUGGCAAUUACUGGAGGUUUAGCUGCUCCAGCAAUUGCAGCUGGGUUUGGUGCUUUAGCACCUACAUUAGGGGCCAUUGUCCCUGUUAUUGGAGCAAGUGGGUUUGCUGCAGUAGCUACUGCUGCUGGAAGUGUUGCAGGUUCUGUAGCAGUUGCAGCUUCCUUUGGUGCGGCUGGAGCUGGACUUACAGGGAGCAAAGUGGCUAGGAGAAUUGGUGAUGUUGAAGAAUUUGAGUUCAAAGCAAUAGGUGACAACCAUAAUCAAGGACGACUAGCUGUUGAGAUCUUAGUUUCAGGAUUCGUUUUUGAGGAAGAAGACUUUACGAGACCUUGGGAAGCACAACAUGAAAACUUGGAAAGGUACGCACUGCAGUGGGAGUCGGAGCAUCUAAUUGCUGUAAGCACUGCUAUUCAAGACUGGCUUACUUCAAAAAUCGCCACUGAAAUGAUGAAACAAGGGGCCAUGAUGACUGUACUAAGCACCCUUAUGGCAGCACUAGCAUGGCCAACAACAUUGCUUUCACUUACUAGUUUUAUUGACAGCAAAUGGACAAUUGCCAUUGACAGAUCUGAUAAGGCAGGAAAAAUGCUGGCAGAAGUAUUACUUAAAGGUUUGCAAGGGCACAGGCCUGUGACUCUAGUGGGUUUCUCAUUAGGAGCGAGAGUAAUUAUGAGUUGCCUUGAGACUUUGGCUGAAAGUGAAACUAAUGCUGGGCUUGUGGAAAGAGUUGUUCUUCUUGGAGCUCCUAUAGCGAUUAAAGACACGAACUGGGAAGCUACUCGGAAGGUGGUAGCCGGGAGAUACGUGAAUGUAUAUUCGACAAAUGAUUGGAUGCUGGGAAUAGCAUUUCGUGCCAAUCUCCUCACCAGAGGAUUGGCCGGAAUUCAGCCUGUUGAUGUCCCCGGUAUCGAAAAUGUAAAAGCUCUGCAACUCUGCUCAAUGUUUGAUGAUAUGUUUAUACAUUCCAAUACGAAUCUUGGAUCUAACACAGGUGGACGCAACAGAGUUUAUAGACGGCCACUCGUCUUAUCUAUGGCGCACGCAGCAGAUCCUAGAACAGCUCGAGUUGGAUACUUAUUACCCAGUUUUCAACCGAGAAGCUUAGAUUGUCGCUUGGUGCAACAUCAGAUAUCUUAAAUUCAAACACGUUGGAUGCUUGUUGUAAAUAUUGGGGAAUUUUGUGUUCAACGGCUACGAUAACCGGCAGUUGCCGUAAGAAAAAUAGGUUGAAGCCUUAAAUUCCUAUGUCAAUUGCUAUUCAAGGUGUUGGCUGUUAAUUUCAAUGAAAUAAUUAAGGAUUCCAUAAAAUAUGAUGCCUUUACAUCAUUUUUUAAAA